AUGAACAAUGUUAUUGCCUCUUCCUCUUCAGAAGUUGCACCGGCCCUAGAAGGAGAAAGGAAAGACACUUCAACUCUGGGCCAAGGUCUUCACAUUACUAUGGUCAAAUUCCAACAACUAAUGAGUCUUCUGAACAAAGCUUCUAGAUCUGAUGGGGAAAACUCAAAAAUCCCUUCAAGGGUUAAUCUCUCUCACUCAAGCCCAAACCAAUCUCAUAACUCCGUUUUGGCUGACUUGGGAGUCAAGAAAACCUUACAAAUACCCCAUUACUGCUCCUGCAAUCUGGUUUGCAAGGAGUUAAACCAUUAUUCAUGUCACAACAUCAAUCAAAUCCACUUCAUGCUUAGAUCAGCAUCAACAGAGAAUUCAGCUUUUCGGUUUCAUUCGUUCAAGACAAACAAAAAGUUUACCCUUUUGAUAGAAUUUUGGAUCCAUCACUGCAUGCACCGCUGUCAGUUGAAUCCAUAUCUGAAUUUGACUGUGAUUGAGCACGAGGCUGAGCUUGCAGUGGCUACUUGGCUGCACAGUUCCACGCCUACUCUUGGUAGAGACAGUGCCGUCGUGCUAUUUGCCACCACUACCACCCUACGACCCUGCCCCUAA